UGGUUGAUUCAGUGGAGGCCUUUGAGGGAAGUGUCUAGGCACAAAACAAGGGGCAUCGUCAGGUAUCAUUUCAUGGCUAGAUAGAGAAAGUUGUUUCUGUUUAAAAGGGUCGUUUUUGGGGAGGUUGCAUUUACGAAGAUAACUCACCGCGACUGACGAGUCACCCAACAGGUUAUGGCGUUGUCUAUGGCAUCUCCGUGUGGAGUCCUGUCUGAAGAGGAAGAGGGGGGCAUGGCUGUGUUUGAAUCCACGGCAGCUGACAUCGGCGGCCUGGUAGGACGACUGAACGAAGUGACUCUGCCUGAGCUCUCCAUCAUCUCCCCUGGACUAGAACCUCGGCCAUCCAUCAGAGAGAAAGCAUUGGCAAAGCCUGGGGUGAUCAGACAAGGCAGCAAUGGUGAGGGGAACACUGACAAAGUGAAGGUGUUUCUGCGUAUCCGCCCCCUGACUGAGGGAGAGAAGGAAAGAGGAGAGGAACAGGGCUGUGUGUGUGUGCAAAACGAAGAGAGUCUGAUGCUCAAAGCCCCCAAAGACUCCCAGAACAUGAAGAGUGCAGAGAGGGGAGUCACCCAGAGCAUGCACAAAUUCAGCUUCUCACAGAUCUUUGGUCCAGAGACCAAACAGCAGGACUUCUUCGAGAGCACCAUGAAGGAGAUGGUGAGAGACGUGCUUCGUGGAGAGAGUCGGCUGCUCUACACAUACGGUGUCACCAACUCUGGCAAGACCUACACCAUUCAGGGAGUGGGUCGUGAGGCGGGCCUCCUGCCCCGGGCCUUGGUGUCUUUGUUCAGGAAGUUGCAGGGCCGUCUCUACGGGGCCAUGGACCUCAAGCCUGUCCUCUACCAGGAGGUACGCCAGCUGGAUGCCGAUGAGGUCCGGGAUGAGGAGAUCCGCAGAGACUCUCUGCUCAAAGAGGAGGAUGGCAUGACUUCUCGGAUGCGAGGCGGCACUAGUACCUGGGACAGCGGCAUCGGUGGACACUCCAUAACCAGCCACAUCGCCACCCAGCUAGAGGACUCUGACAGUGUGUGUCUGGAGCCAGACAGCCUGUCUCACAGCGGAGGGGAGCAGCUGGAGGAAGGGGUUCAGUUCUCUGUGUGGGUGUCCUUCUAUGAGAUCUACAAUGAGUUCCUGUACGACCUGCUUGAGGCUCCGCCCUGCCUGCAGCCUAAGAAGAGGGCCAUCCUGCGGCUGAGUGAUGACAAGCAGGGGAACCCUUACGUCAAGGAUCUCACCUGGGUGCAGGUCCGCAGUGCAGAGGAGGCUUGGAGAGUGCUCAGGGCUGGCCGGAGGAACCAGAGCUUUGCCAGCACUCACCUCAACCACAACUCCAGUCGCAGCCACAGCAUCUUCUCCACCCGGAUCCUGCACGUCCACCCAGAGGCUGACCAGGGCCAGGCCACACGUGUCAGCGAGCUGUCUGUCUGUGACCUGGCUGGCUCAGAGCGUUGUAAGGACCAGCGCAACGAGGAGAGGAUGAAGGAGGCCAACAAUAUCAACACCUCCCUCCACACCCUGGGCCGCUGUAUCGCUGCUCUGAGGCACAACCAGAACAACAAGUCGCGACCCCCUCAGGUGGUGCCGUUCAGAGACAGUAAACUGACCCGGGUUCUCCAGGGCUUCUUCUGCGGCCGCGGGCGCUCCAGCAUGGUGGUCAACAUCAACCCCUGUGCCUCCACCUACGACGAGACCCUACAGGCCCUCAAGUUCUCUGCCAUCGCCACACAGCUGGUCCAUGGGCCGUCCACUAAAACCCGGGUGGCCUACAUCCUGUCCCUGCUGCGGGAGCCCCAGCCUCACUCCAAUGACAGCACUCUGAUUGAGGAAGACGAGGACAGUGAUGAAGAUGGGGACAUCACCAUGUUUGAUUCAGAUGCUCUGCUGCGGGCCAUCGAGGUACUGAAGAGGGAGGUGCAGAGGCAGCGGGAAGAGAAGGAGGUGCUGGAGGCCACCGUCAGAGAGCAGGUGUUCUCUGAGAUGAUGGAGGUCAUCUCUGGCAUGGAGAAGGACUUCAGCCAGACCCUGGAGACAGAGAAGGCUCUGAUGGAGGAGAGGUUUGAGGACAAGAUCAACAACCUGCAGAAAAGCCUCAAGAGAUACUACAACCAGGAAAUAGAGGAGCGUGAUGAACAGAUUGAGGCACUGUCUGCAGCCCUGGAGAAAAAGGGAGGUGUGUCCCUAGCAGAGCCAGCCCCACUCCCCCUCUUCCCACCCCUAGGAGGAGAGGCUGAGGGUCCCACGCCCCGUCGCUCCCAGCGCCUGGCCUCCAUAACCACAGGAGAGCUGAGCAGAGUGAGGGCUGAACUGGACCAGUGUCAUGCCGAGCUGCUGGAGAAAACACAAGAACUGAGGCGCGUCCAGGGGCAGCUCACACCACCAGAGCACUCCGACGCCCUGACCAACGCUGCCGACCGCAAGCUGGGGGAGGGCCAGAGGAACCUGCGUCAGUUGCGUCUGGACCUGCAGAGGCUGGGUCUGAACCUGCAGUCUGGAGAGAGGGCAUGCUGCCGUAACACUGGUGGGGAGAGGCUGCGCCAUGCGCUCACUGCUGCAGACCACACACUGGCCAAACAGGACCAGACCCUGGUAGAGCUACAGAACGGCCUGCUGCUGGUCAAGGCUGACCUGAGGAGGAAGGCGGAGACCCUGGCCCAGAUGGGUCAGAUGCCCCCCUGUGGCUCGGCCUCUGCUACUCCCGGCUCCUGUCAGAAGAGGGGCUGUGGGGCAGCAGGCAACGCUGAGAACCAGCCCCCAGAGAAACGACACUUCUUCCGCUCCCUUUUCCCACAACACACCCCGUCACGAAACGGACAACAGGGACGCCCCCGUGAACCUCAAACCACACCCUACUCACGGAUCCUUCGCUCCCGCCAACAGUCCCCUCCCCCAAGUCCCGGCCCCUCUGGCAGGUACAGGGUUACCAAAUGCUGACUUUAAUUAAAAGUCAGGAUGCUGAUUUUUAUCCUCUACCGUUAUGCAAACCAAAUUGUAAAUCUGUACUAUUUUGCAAUUGUUUAAUGCCUUUUUAUUUCAAGUGUUACUACAGUAUCUGCACGGCUAAGCUAUCUUCCUUAGGAAUGCAAAGUUUGUUUUUGUAGUGGACUCUGGUAUACCUGAGUAUUAAACACAAUGCUACAACUUUUCAGUUUCUGAUCUGAGAAUAAAUGUUUGUCAAAAUGCAGGGUAACAUUUGAGAUUCUGGUUGAAUGAGGACUGAUGCCCAUAUUACCUCCCUGCUAAAGUGCUGUAUGAGUUGUUACUAUUAGACAUGGUUUCAAUUGAAUUCUCUAAUGUAAAGGUUUUGCUUUCAAUGUUUGUCCAGUCUUUCAAUAUACUUUGGUGCAACAGUAAAAUUUAUAAUAAAAAUGCAUUCUAAGUAACAUUA